AUGAUGGAGGACUUCAACAGUGAGACUGAUAGUGACUAUACCAGUUACUGGAGAGAUUGGUUCAUCUCCUCUCGUGGAAACGAGUACUUCUGCGAAAUCGAUGAGGAAUAUUUGACCGAUCGCUUUAACCUUACUGGCCUCAACACUGAGGUGCCAUACUACCAGUACGCCUUAGAUUUGGUGACUGAUGUGUUUGACCUCGAUGCGGAUGACGACCUGCGCGAACAGAUUGAAAAGUCGGCGCGUCAUCUCUACGGACUCGUCCACGCAAGAUACAUUGUCACCACCCGUGGUCUUACUAAGAUGGUCGACAAGUACAAGAAGGGCGACUUCGGCAAAUGUCCCCGUGUUAUGUGCGAAGGCCAACCUCUUUUGCCUAUGGGCCAACACGACAUUCCGAACAUGAGCACUGUCCGUCUUUACUGCCCCAAAUGCGAAGAUCUCUACAACCCCAAGUCCUCUCGCCAUGCUUCUAUCGACGGUGCCUAUUUUGGAGCGUCUUUCCCUAGCAUGCUUUUCCAGGUGUACCCAGGCUUGGUCCCUGAGAAGAGUACCAGCCGUUAUGAGCCUCGUAUUUACGGAUUCAAAGUUCAUGCAGCUGCUGCCCUGGCCCGCUGGCAGGAUCAAUACCGCGAGGACAUGAAGUCGCGUCUUCGUGAUGCCGGCAUGGAAGUCAAUUCUCAAGGAUGUAUUAUUGGGAAGAGAGGGCAAUGA